AUGUACGCGGCGCUCACGUGGCUGCUCUCCCUCGCGGCGGCGCGGCGGGCGCCGCUCGAGGUGCCGACGGCGGCGCCGCUGCCCUUCCGCGCGCCCGGCGUGCUGCCCGUAGAUGCGGAGCCGCACACCGCGGCCGCGGCCGUCGGCGACCUCCGGCACCGGCUGACUGCGUUGAAAAUGGGGGCGGCGCCGCAGCCGUCCAACCUCGCGGCGCCGGCUCCUCCGCGAGCGAACUUCUACGAGAGCGCGGGCUUCUGUCCCGCGCCGGCCGACGAGCCCGCUGCGGCGACUGCGCCUUCGCCGGCCGUGCCGCCCGUGCCGCCCGCGGCGGCCGCGCCGGCGGAGACCGCGGAGGCGCCAUCCAAGGACCCGCUCGACGCCGUCCGCGCGUCCCUGGCCCGCACCGCGGCGCUGACCAAGGAAACGACAACGGAGCCGCCGGAUCCGGUACAGGAAGUACAAAGAAAGGCCGCGCUCAAGGCGAUGCGCGAGCGCGAGGCGAAGGUCGCGCAGUUCUUUGACUUCGCGCCGCCGGUGCCCGGCUCGAAGCGGCCCGCAAUCCGUCCGCGCGAGCCGUCCUUCGCGGCGCGGCAAACGCGGCGCGCCGAGGCGCUGCGCCGCCAGCGGUCCGCCGUCGUCGACGUUUCCAAGUCGCCGAGCGCGGCGCCCGCGGCCUUCGACGGCGCCUUCGAGUGGUCCGACGUCCCGGCCUUCGACGGCGCCCACGGCAGCUGGUCCGACGCGGAGGAGACGGCGACCGAGGCCACCGUCCCGGCCGCCGAGACCGCGCCGGCGCCGGCCAGGCCUGUCCCGGCUGAUUUCACCGAGACCGCGCGAAUCCUCUAUGAUCCAACUGCUUCUGCGACCGCGGAGACCGCACCGGCACCGGCCGAAGCCGUCCUGACCGAGCCGGCCGCCCCAUCCACGCCUCAAGUGUCCUUCGCGGGCCUGCUGCUCGCCCUCGCCCUCGCGCUGUCGCUGCCCCUCUGCGUCGUGGCGCUCGCGGCGUCCGCGUUCUGGCGCCGGCGCGCGCCUCCGGUCAUUGAGACCCGCGAGACGCCCAUCAACGAGCGCUACGCCACGAGAACUGAACCGGCGUCGGAGCUCGUGGAGAUGGACGCGGCGACGCGCCGCGUGCACCGCGAGGCGCGAGCGGCGAGCCUCGAGGCCGAGAAAUUACGUAAAAUCCUCCACCGCUGGCGCGACUCACCGCGGCGCCCCUCCGUGGCGUCGCUGCUCAAGGCGCGCCGGGACCUGCGCGCUUCCAAAUUCCAGGAGCGGCAGAACCGCUUCGACAGAGACGACGCGGUCGUCGCCGAGACGCCGCUGGUCAAGGAGGUGCGCUUCGACGCGCGGACGCCGGCGUCGGCGAUCGUGUCGGAGAGCGACGGCGACUCGCCGGUCGUCGCGUCGCCGCCGCGGAAGUUGUACAUGGAAGCGCCGCCUGUGAGGAACCGGUCCGCAAUACUAGCGUGGGUGUUGCUCGCGGCCUUUGUCGCGCGCGACCUCGCGCCGCGUCGCCAGGCGCCGGCGCCGACGCCGAGGCCGAGCAUGGAGCCGACGUACGUGCGCGCGCCGCCGGAUCUUGUCGACGACGUCGCGAUGGUCCCGGCUAUCGCGAUGGCGGCACCGAAGGGCCUUCGGCCGCUCGCGAUCGCCAAGGCGGCGCUCGCGCCGAUGGCGAUCUCGGCCACAGUCCUCGCAGUCCUGCCGCCCCGGCUCCAGGCCGCGCUCGGCCUCCACGCGCUCCACGCGCUCGACCGCCUCCGACGCCUAGCUGUCGCGGCCGUCGCUUUCGUGGCACGGAAGCGGCGACGCGCUCCAACGGGCGCGCAGCUGAGAUCGGCCAUGCACUUCUCGGCGCCCUAGAGUCUAGGCGCCAACCUCCCGGGAACAAGUCCCUGUGUAACCCGUUUUUCCCCACACUCUGGGAGCUUUCUUAUCUUAGAACACAUUAUCACGGUGGAUGCGAGCGGCGAUGCGCGGAUCGGCCGG